CCCUCCGCCCCUUGGUCCGGCAGCAGCCGGUUCAGGUUCAGGCACAUGAGCAGCGCAAGGGAAAAACAGGAAGAGAGAGAGCGCUGAGAAAGGGAAUGAGAAGCUGAGAAAUCGGAGCCAAUCAGCCCCAAUCCCAAGGAGAGGAAACAGACUGCAAUGAGAGAGAGCAGCUGAGCCAGGAGGAAGAAGGAGCCACAAGGAAAUCGGAGGACAGGGGCUCCUGAGCAGAAUGGCCCUAGUUCUUGCCUAGACGACGGCUGGCAGCGGAGCAGACAAGAUCAACCCAGUCGCCUUCCCCGCACUCCUGGGCUCUGCUUCAGGGGAAACUUUGCAGGGAGAGGGUUCAGAACCGGUAAAGAAAAGGAAUCCCUUGCUGUGAUUGGAGCCCCAACCUGAUCACCAGCAGGACUGCAAAGGAAAUCAUCAGCUUGGUACCUGAACCAAAGAAGGCUUAGCUGCUAGCACCCAUCCACCGAAAGGCAGUCCAGAGAGCCAACUCACUCUUAACAAGGUUGAUGCUACAAGCAAGGCAUUUAACCGAACUAGACUUAAGAAGAAGGAGAUACAAUUAGAUUGGAUAUAGGAGAGAAGGACUAGACCUGGCCAUCAUCUGAAACACAGUUUGGAUUCCAAAAACAGAAGCCCAGCUUCAAAGCAUAUCCAGAAAAGAGGCUGCACUCAUAGGUCCCAAGUUGGACUGCAAGAACCACAUAGGUCUACUUUGGACUUUGCAUUGGUUCUUUCCCACAGGACUCAGAAUCAUAACUGGGCACAGGACCAACCCAGAGUUGCUCAAAUCCUAGGAGAACCAUCCAAAACUAUAAGACCCCAAUUUUUGGGGAUCCCCUAGCAAUAAUUCAGGGUUACCGACUCCUGUCUCCUUGAAAGCUAGAACAUCAUGGAAGAUGGAGCACGUCGGCGUGGUGGCUCUGAGAAGGAUUCAACUGACCCAGAGAAAUCGGACGGCGGUGGUGUUGCCUUGAAGAAAGAGAUUGGGCUGAUGAGCGCAUGUGGCAUUAUUGUGGGUAACAUAAUUGGAUCAGGGAUCUUUGUGUCGCCAAAGGGAGUGCUGGAGAAUGCUGGCUCAGUAGGUCUGGCGUUGAUCGUGUGGAUCGUCACUGGUCUCAUCACAGCUGUGGGAGCACUGUGUUAUGCUGAACUGGGAGUCACCAUCCCAAAAUCUGGAGGCGACUAUUCCUAUGUCAAAGACAUCUUUGGAGGACUGGCUGGGUUCUUGCGGCUGUGGAUUGCGGUGCUGGUGAUCUACCCCACCAAUCAGGCUGUUAUUGCCCUCACCUUCUCAAACUAUGUACUUCAGCCAAUCUUUCCCACUUGCCUGCCCCCAGAAAUCGGACUAAGACUGCUGGCUGGUGUCUGUCUUUUGCUGCUGACCUGGGUGAACUGUGCUAGCGUGCGUUGGGCCACACGUGUCCAGGAUAUCUUCACAGCAGGGAAAUUGCUGGCACUGGGACUCAUCAUUAUCAUGGGAGUUGUGCAGAUCUGCAAAGGUGAAUACUUCUGGCUAGAGCCAAAACAUGCCUUUGAAUUCUUCCAAACGCCUGAUGUGGGACUCGUGGCACUGGCCUUUUUACAAGGCUCUUUUGCAUAUGGGGGCUGGAACUUCCUCAACUAUGUCACUGAAGAGCUAGUUGAUCCUUACAAGAACCUGCCUCGCGCCAUCUUCAUCUCCAUUCCCCUGGUCACCUUUGUCUACGUCUUCGCCAAUGUGGCCUAUGUCACUGCCAUGUCACCUCAGGAGUUGCUGGCCUCUAAUGCUGUCGCAGUGACAUUUGGGGAGAAAUUGUUAGGAGUCAUGGCUUGGAUCAUGCCCAUCUCUGUUGCCCUUUCCACAUUUGGAGGAGUCAAUGGAUCACUCUUCACUUCCUCUAGACUCUUUUUUGCUGGAGCCCGGGAAGGCCACCUCCCCAGUGUGCUGGCUAUGAUUCAUGUGCGACGUUGCACUCCCAUCCCUGCCCUACUCUUCACUUGCCUUUCAACAUUGCUGAUGCUGGUUACAAGUGACAUAUAUACCCUGAUCAAUUAUGUGGGUUUCAUCAACUACCUCUUCUAUGGAGUGACUGUCGCUGGCCAGGUUGUGCUACGCUGGCGGGAACCUCACCGACAUCGCCCCAUCAAGGUGAGCCUGUUCUUCCCCAUAGUUUACCUGCUGUUCUGGGCCUUCCUGUUGGUGUUCAGCUUGUGGUCUGAACCUGUGGUUUGUGGCAUUGGUCUGGCCAUAAUGCUGACAGGCGUACCUGUCUACUUCCUCGGGGUGCAUUGGGAGCACAAACCGCCUGCCUUCCAUACAUUUAUUGAUGCAGUCACUCGGGCAGGACAGAAGCUUUGUGUUGUUGUGUACCCCGAGAUGGGUACACAGAAACCAGAAACCAACCUCAAUAAAGAGACCAAAGAGCAGCUUGAGCCAAUGUGUGGAGUUGAACCCCUGAAUAGCCCUCAGGACUGAGCACAUUUUACUGCCUGGGAGAGUAGAAGAAACAGCAGCCAGCCACGGACUGCACACUACUGCCUUUGCUGGGUUUGAAAUGAAUUGGAACUCCUUGCACAGCUGACGCUCCCGUUUUGCUCCUUGUAGCACCACAUGCUGGGACUGGAAUAGCUGUGAAUGCCUCACUGUCACCCCUCUCCUUCCUUUGGUAAAGCCUUGCUGGGUCUGGAGGACCCACAGCCACCAUUCCCCACCUUCAGUGCCCCUGCUGGAGCUGGAAAAUAAAUGGGAGCUCUCUUCACAGCCAAGCAAUCCCACAGUCAGCUCCCUGCACCCCACCCUGCUGGAAGGGGCUACCUUGUUGUUGCCUUAUAUUGUUGGGAAUAUUUUCAUUAGUUUUGAACCUCAUUGGGGGGGAAAGGCGUCCCCCUCAGUUUAUGUCCUUGUAUUUUUCACAUUUCUCUCUCUUUUGUUCCUUUUUUGAUGUAAUAAAUUAAACUCAACUUGC